UUCCUUUCGAUAAACCGACUGAAACAAAGGGGAGGCCUAAUCCCCUCCUCUCCUCCUUCCCCACCCCAUCCAUCCGCCGAUCGAUUCCCCCGCGCCGCCCGCGGAUCCCCCUCUCCGGCUCCGAGGAGGGGACCGCCGAUGAGGUCGUCGGAGUCGUCGCGGUUCGUGCAGGAGCUGGUGCUCUACGCCGCCAGCGCCGCGCUCAGUUGCCUCGUCCUCUUCGCCGGCCUCCGCCAGCUCGACCCCAACCGCGCCGCCUCCCAGAAGGCGCUCCAGCACAAGAAGGAGAUCGCCAAGCGCCUCGGCCGCCCCCUCGUCUCCACCACCCCCUACGAGGAUGUGAUUGCGUGCGAUGUCAUCAACCCCGACCACAUCGACGUCGAGUUCGACUGCAUCGGCGGCCUCGACCACGUCAAGCAGGCGCUCUACGAGCUCGUCAUCCUCCCCCUGCGCCGCCCCGAGCUCUUCACCUUCGGCAAGCUCCUCAGCCCGCAGAAGGGGGUGCUGCUCUACGGUCCGCCCGGCACCGGCAAGACCAUGCUCGCCAAGGCCAUCGCCAAGGAGUCCGGCGCCGUCUUCAUCAAUGUCAGGAUCUCCAACCUCAUGAGCAAGUGGUUCGGCGACGCCCAGAAGCUCGUGUCUGCUGUAUUUAGUCUCGCUCACAAGCUGCAGCCAGCUAUUAUCUUCAUCGAUGAGGUCGAUAGUUUCUUGGGCCAGCGACGGACAACCGACCAUGAAGCAAUGACUAAUAUGAAGACCGAAUUCAUGUCCCUCUGGGAUGGGUUCACCACUGAUCAGAAUGCUCGUGUUAUGGUCCUUGCUGCUACAAACAGACCCUCUGAGCUAGAUGAGGCUAUCCUCAGGCGCUUUACUCAGAUAUUUGAAAUUGGGAUUCCUGUUCAGAGUGAAAGAAGCAAGAUACUUCAAGUUGUACUGAAGGGAGAAAAUGUCGAGCCUAACAUUAAUUACGAUUACAUCGCCGGUCUAUGUGAAGGAUUUACUGGAUCAGAUAUCCUAGAAUUGUGCAAGCAGGCAGCAUUCUACCCUAUCAGGGAGCUGUUGAACAAUGAGAAAGAUGGGCGGAAAGCCGAUAAACCAAGACCCUUGAGGCAAUCGGAUCUGGAGAAGGCUUUGUCAACAUCUCGAAAGGGGAAAAGAGCUGCAAACGGAACAUCAACAGGGCUGCAGUCACCUGUGUGGAUUAGGCCCUCUGAUUCGGAAGACGAUCAGGUACAGAGCGCAAUUUUUGAGAUAUCUAAGCUGAUGUCUCGAAUAGUUCAGAACAGUCAGUCGGAACCGCAAGAGCCAUCUUCACCUUAAUCUAAUCCUUUUGCUAGAUAUCGUGAAAACCCAGUGGAGUAAGCGCAGGCAUUACAUCGAUAUCGUUAGGUUUUCUAAUGCAGCAUGCAAGAUUCAGGGUAUGUAUGGAUUCAUUUAGCGUCGUGAGGCUGCACCCGUUUUUGAAGAUAAUGGCAGCUGGCAAUGCUUGCACUGAUGUUUUUUUAAGUUAAAUCCAGAAUUAUAUGGCCCGAGUCUGGAUUCUAUGGUUAUGUGAAAUUUGUUAUCAUCACCUUGUAUUUUUAUUAAACUUAACUACUUUAGGGUAGACUCUAUAGUAGUCUAUACAUAACGAAGGGGGAAAAAAAAAGAAGGCUCGCCUGCAUGGUU